GCCGGACAUACAAGGCGCCCUCGUGAGCGGUCAGGAGGGAUGGGGUGGGAUUUAGGAGAUUAGUGGGGGUGGGGGCGCGUGUGUAGGAUAUAUCGACGGAGUACGUAUGUGCGCGCGCCGCUUUUGCUCGUCAUAACGCCGUCGACGCCGCUUGAUAACAGCGAGGGGACACGUCGUGCACGCUAGUUGUUUCCAUCCAGUAACUGCUCUUUCUCUUCAGCAACCUCGACCCCCUCCUCCCCAUCCUCUGAGCAAUCACUACUAUGGGUGCUAGCGCUCCUCAGAAGCUCCGGAUUGUCGUCGGCUGCGAUGACGCCGGCAUACACUACAAGGAAGUCUUGAAAGCCGACCUCGAGAAGGACCCGCGCGUUGAGAGCGUCGUCGAUGUCGGCGUGAACGCGGACGAGAAGACCGCGUACCCGCACAUUGCGGUUGCGGCGGCGAAGAAGGUUGCGGCUGGCGAGGCGGAUCGCGCGUUGUUGAUUUGCGGGACGGGACUGGGCGUGGCGAUCUCUGCGAACAAGGUGCCGGGCGUGCGGGCCGUGACGGCGCACGACUCGUUCUCUGUUGAGCGGGCGAUAUUAUCGAAUGAUGCGCAGGUCCUCUGCAUGGGCCAGCGAGUCAUCGGCAUCGAGCUUGCGCGGCGACUCGCGAAGGAGUGGCUGGGGUACACAUUUGAUCGCAGCUCGCCGAGCGCGGCGAAGGUGGACGCGAUCUCGCAGUAUGAGACCGUGCCGGCGUGCUAGGACGUUGCGAGUGCAGGGUCCUGAGGGAGUCGGUAUGCUGGGGCUCGGAGAGCAUGCGGGGGUUCGGCCAGCAUGCGAGGAGGUGGUGGAUAGCGAUUGAGAUUUUGAGAGACAACCUGUUGUACUUACCCACUGCUUAUUUAUGCCCGUACUCUUUC